GGCCCCUCCCAUUAUUUCGCACCGUCCGCGCGAGAUCAACAAACAAUUGAGAAAUAUGUGAGCGGAGGGCGGCGGGGCCUCGCGGAGAGUUCAGCCCGGAGAGCAGCGCCUGAUCCCGGAUCCCAGCCGCGGAUCCGCCCGGAGGAUGAGCGCGAGCUGGAGGCAGCGGUGGAGGACCGAUUCACUGCAGGCCUGAGUGGAGGAUGACAGCGAUGUGCAGCUUUUCCCCAGAGACCCCCGGGCUCGCGGUGACCGCUGCAGCCUCUUUGGGGCCGUCGUGAGCGGCCCCUCGUCUGGCUUUGGCGGGAUUAUGCUGACGGCUGGCCGGCAUGACUCCGCUGGACCUGUGGCUCUCGCGCUCCAUCCCCAUGUGCCUCCUGCUGCACAGCCUGGUGCUCAUGGCCAUCUGCUUCCCCUCGGCAAGCAUGUGCCCCAAGGGCUGCGCCUGCCAGCGUGCCGACCACUCCCUGCACGGACUCAACGUCACCUGCAGCCUGCUGCGUCUGAGGGAGAUCCCUCCGGACCUCCCGCCAGACACGGUGCUCCUGCAACUGGACCGCAACCACAUCCAAGCGGUGCCGGACCGCGCCUUUCAGGGCCUGAGGAUGCUGCGGCGGCUCAACCUGUCGCAUAACGCGGUGGAGACGCUCGGAGAGGGCGCCUUCCUCGGCCUCGAGGCCUCGCUGGAGGAGCUGGACCUUUCUCACAAUCGCAUCGUCAGCGUGCACAAGGAUGCUUUCGCACGGCUUAAAGCUCGCGUGCUCGUUGACGACAACCCGUGGCACUGCGACUGCGCCCUGCAGCAAGCUUUGGGCGGCAUGGCACACAACCACGAGGCGGCGACGCGAGUCCACUGCCGUAGCUCCGAGCUGCGAGACCAAGAGGGACGACCGUUUCUGGCAGUGGACGCCGACUUGUGCAACCUGGCCCGGCGCACCACCGACUACGCCAUGCUGGUGACCAUGUUCGGCUGGUUCGCCAUGGUCAUAUCCUAUGUGGUGUACUACGUGAGGCAGAACCAGGAGGACGCCCGCCGCCACCUGGAGUACCUCAAGUCAUUGCCCAGCAAGCCCAAGAAGCCCGAUGAGCCCGAGGACAUAAGUACUGUGGUGUGAGAAAUGAGUGAAAUGUGUUUUUUGAGGAAAGCAUGCACUGAGGCGGGGACCGCUAUCGAGGCGCUAGCUGUUUACGCCACAAAGGCCUUCGGUGUUCAAGGGAAAAAAAAGAAAAGAAAACAUUCAAAACGAGAACAAAAAAGGAUGGAUGGAUUACUGAGAGCAAUUCCGUAAUUCCGUCAGUUCAGUCGCCAUUCAAGCUGGAUUAGUUUUACUGAGGUUUGCUUUUGUGUUUUUUCUCUGGGGGGUUCAGAGGAGGAUUCCCAAUGGAAAUGGAAGCUUUAUACCCCAGUCUCAAACCUUAACGACAAAAAUGCUGUACAGCCGAGUUUAUCGGCAGGUUUCUUCGGCAGGUUUAUUCUCUUGGUGUGAGGUCUUAGAAUAGAGGGUUGGUAAAUUUUACACACUGUCGUAACUACUACAGUACCUCCUCCCGUAAAACUAAUCCAACUCGAACAGGCCUCCACUUAGACAGCUAAGACACUGACCAAUAGAUGUAGUCUAGUCUACUACUCAACACGUGUCUUCUCUUUUCCCAGUCGUGCAUUACUGUUGCAUAGUAUUUAGGUCAGUUUUUGUAAUACUAUUCCUGACUGUGUGUCCACAAGAGAUUCUUGUGACUACAAAAAAAAAAAGUGGCAUUAGUUCGAUAACCACUAGAUCUGGAAAAGAAGGACCUUGUAAGAACUUGUAAGUUCUGAUGUCGCAAAAUCAGAUCACUAGCCCGUAACUCACUCACUCGUAACUACCCACGUCUUUGCUACCCAAGAGUUGCUAAACACGUUCAAGACCAGUACAGGUUUUUUGGGGGGGGAUUCAAAUCUCAGGUGUAAAUGUUGAUAUCGAAUUCUAUGACUUGUAAAAAAAAACCCCAAAAGAAAAAAUUCAAACCUUUUGUUCCUCUGAGGUUUUCUAAGAUACAUAUUGAGUGGCCUCUUCAUACAGUCAGCUCCACACUUCAAUAUUGUUCAGGAUGUGGCGUCCAAAGAGGCACGUCCGAAUCCAUUCGAUUACUUUUAAACUCUACAGACUUUAUUAUAGCUAUUUGAUAAUCACAAUCGCAGAAGAAAGAAAGAAAGAAAUAAAGAAAGAAAGUAAGGGUGCGGACAGUGCUCGUGACCCAACAAGGGACUUCUCUUCCAACAUCAUGAUUUCUUGUUUAGUUUUUUGUUGUUUUGUUCAGUUUAGUUUUUUUGGGUUUCUUGAUCUCCAUUACCUCAUUGUUGUUAAUGUGUGGUUGUUGAAUAGUGUAGCCCCUAAAAGUGUCAGUGUGUCGAUUCCCGUGUGAUCCAGAGUGCAGUAGCAGCGGGGCGCGGUCAAUAUUUUCCUUGCAGCCGAGUUCCUCGCAGUCAGUAACGCCGAGCCGUCAAGCUCCUUGUUAUUUCCCGUAACUCACUGUUGGCUGUAAUGUCCCCCACCGUGCAACAGCCAUCAUCAGCCCCAUAUUGGCCAUCAAUAUCGCUAACAAAGCAGUUGAAAUGACUAAUGUGUUUCCAAGAGAGGCAAUUCAUGGUGAAGUCUUAUUCCGCUGAUUUCCAAAUCACCACUUCCGCUCUGGAGGCGAGAGACGUAUGGUAAUUAUUCUGGCUGAGGGAAAUCGAGGCAAAUGGCCCUGCUGGACCGAGCCGUCAGAAUUCAGAUUCAGAGUGGGCAGUCAGCUCCGCGACUUCUCUCACUGUGCGUUUAACAGUUUAAUGUGACCAGCCAAGUGCGAGCGGCAGAUCGUCGCUGCUGCCGGUCUCCUGGUGGCCUCAUCGUACAAAACAGUCAGCGAGAAAGAGAGAACAGAUGCAAUAGUUCCCACCAUUCAGCAUUGUGCAAACUGUGUGUCUAAAUCGUGAAAAACACAGAUGGUUUGAGUUGUAAUCUCAGGCCCUGUCCACAAAAAUCUGGAUAUUUCUAAAAACUGAGGUUUUUGUGUCUGUUUAAAAAAUAUAUAUGUACAGGAGAUUGCCGGUUUUAAUCCUGUUCAUGUAGCUCACCAUCAGCUGCUGGAGCCCUGAGAGAACACAAUUGGCCUUGCUCCCUUUGGGUGGGUACAGUAGAUGGCACUGUUUCCCCUCAUCACUUCAAAGAGUGAUGUAGAUCAGCACAAGGUGUCUGUGAGCUGAUGUAUCAGAACCGAGUCACUGCGCUUUCCUCCGAGCGUUAGCGCUGUAAUGCUACAAGUACAGGGGUUGGACAAUGAAACUGAAACACCUUGUUUAAGAGCACAAUGUUUUAUUGUGGUGACAGACAGUUCUGGUGGAAACAGGAGAGUUGAGGUCCCUAUCAGACAGCUUCCUCUUACAGCGUCCACAGUUAAUCCUGUUGAAUGUGGUUGGUUCUUCUUGGUGGUAUGCUGGCUGACAUUACCCUGGAUACCGUGGCUCUUGAUGCAUCACAAAGACUUGCUUUCUUGGUCACAGAUGCGCCAGCAAGACGUGCACCGACAAUUUGUCCUCUUUUGAACUCUGGUAUGUCACCCAUAAUGUUGUGUGCAUUGCAAUAUUUAGAGCAGAACUGUGCUCUUACCCUGCUAAUUGAACCUUCACACUCUGCUCUUACUGGUGCAAUGUGCAAUUAAUGAAGAUUGAACACCAGGCUGCUCCAAUUUAGCCACGAAACCUAAAAUCCCCACACUAAAAUGAUGACAGGUGUUUCAGUUUCAUUGUCCAACUCCUGUAAAGCGCUCCAAGUAAACUCCCAAGAACUCAUCAACUGAUCCGGACCAGAGAAACCAACUACAUGUGUAAACUGGUCCCUAUGUAUGGGAGCAAAAGAGAUUAUUUCUAUGAUAUUACACUAAAGUUUGUUGUGUAUCAUGAUUUCGGUGUCCUGUUUGCACGAUGCUAAAAGGCGUAGGUCUGUUAGCUUCCAUUUUUAUGGUUACAUUAAUGUUUGACAUCAAGAACAGCAGUUUAGAUCAACGUGUCAAUGUAUUUUACAGAGUAAAAUAAGUAAAAUACACUUCAUGUAAAGCUAUAGUGAUUGAAAAGAGCAGUGUUUACGGUCAGGCACUGUGUUUCCGUUGAGUUUACUCUCGUGUAAAUAGCACUCCCCUGUCAUGCGAGAGGGUACGGUCUACAGAAAUCCCUUUAAAAGAGUCGUUGUUGAGUGUACAUUAUUUGUCUAGUCUGUUGCCUUGUCUCGCAUUAGCAGUACACACACACACACACACAAAUACACACAAAAUAACACACACCUCGCAGUGCUCGGGAGAGAGAGGAGCUGUCGUUCUGUACAUGAACCACAAUGAAACACGGUGUAGCCAAGGACUCGAGAGAUUUUUUAUAAGUGCCUGAAAUAACUCGCCUUUCAAUUUCCCAUUUUCUUGUCAAGCACGCAUCAUUCCACAUUUAAUGUGUUAUUCCCGGAAAGUUUGUGCUGUUUUGUGUGUGACCUGCCUUAGGGAUACUCUACUUUCCAACUGUUUUCUACACAAAGACCAAGAGAUUAGGCCAGAGGCCGAAUACGAUAGUGAACACGGUUUUAUUUCCUGUGGGCUUUUCUUGAUUUUGCCUGUGUUGCUGUUCUGGUGAUCAUGUAGCGUAGAAUAAUAUCACUUAUUAAUCAGCUUAAAUAAAUUAAAGGAGAAUUACAAGAGGUUAAAGAACUAAGAAACGUGAGAAAAGAAAUAGGUUUCCCCUCAUAGAAACCUGCUAACCUCCUUUUCCACCCUUUUUACAUUAAUUGGAUAUAACUUGAUAUAAUCCUAAUGAAACUGGAAAAAUCCACGACUAAAAAGAACGACUAAAACUCCAGUAACCAUUUCUUUUUACAAAAAUCAAUCAGAUUUAAGUCUAACUACCCAGAGACGCAUUUGUCGACAAAUUUUGCAAAAUGCACAAUUUAGAGAUUGGUGUAAAAAGGUGUAAAAAAAAAAACAGUUUCUUCCUGGUUUAAUAUGACAAGGUGUUUAAACAAUAUAUUACCAAAUUUUUCGCACUACUUAAACUUAAAAUCCUUUAAUUAAAAAAAAAAAAAAAAACGACAGUCCGUCUUAUAAUCUGGUGCUCCCUAUGUAUGAAUUGUAACAGUCAGUUAUUAAGGAGCAGUAAAGCCACUUUGCUGAAGUACAGAGUAAUAAGAAUGAGUUUUCAGUGAAGAUUCUCCAGCACUAAGGAUGGAGCAGUAUUAGCAUUAGCCGCUAACCACGCUAAGCGCUAGCUCUUUCACCGUGCAGAGCUGAGAAUAUUGUACUGUAGUCUGCGUGUUUACGUGGGACGCAUUGCUAACCACAACUAGCGCUGAUGCUAAGUGCACUAAAAUAUUGGAAAUCUAAGUUUAAUGUAAUUAAACAGAAGCGCUUUACUCACCCAAAAAAAUUGUUUUUAGUACAGAAAUCUGUUUAGUACAGAAAUAUGUUGAUUCAAAAUUGCAUCCAAAGUUUUAAUAUACAUUUUUCUAUUGAAUACAGUUUUAGACUAACUAGAUUAACUAGAGUAGUAACAGCACAAAGUUAAUGGUUGAUCAAAAAUAUGGGGUAAACUUUUUAUCUUGUAUGUUUUAUCUUAUAUUUUUAUAUUUGAUCCAUACUUUAUUGUUAUAUAUUUGUAGUUGCAGAUAGGCUAUUUCUAAUUAUUAGAAUAAUGAUAUAAUAUUAGCAUAUUAGAACAUCCAAAUAUAUCACUAGGUUACAUUAGGAAGCUAAUUUGCUCCUUCUAUCACUUGGGCUAACACUUGGGUAGCAUGUGUAAUGUGUUAGCCUGGGCAGGGAAUCUUCAGGGUGGAGGGUGGGAGUGUUAUCCACUACACUGUCCAACCCAUCAUCGUAAUAUACAAAAAAAGAAAAGAUGAGGUUACUGUUUCUAUUGAACAUGUGCCAUGUUUCAGCAAGCACUGCCAGGAGGUCUGAUGACUAAUACCACACACACACACACACACACACACACACACACACACACACAUAUACAGUGUCUAAACCUUUUCUAAAUUUUCAUAAUUAUUUAUUAAAUGCUUAUUUGUGACAUGAUGGGUGUGUUUAGUGGAAAUGGAAGUAGAAUAUUGGUAACACUUUACUAUACACAUCGCUAAUAAGCAGGUAAAUAAUAUGCUAAUAUUAUGGUAACAAGUUGUAUUUAUUCAUUAAAAAAAAAAAAUAUAUAUAUAUAUAUCAAUUUCUACUUGUUUCUGAUUAAUAAACCAGUAAUUGUGGAGGUAAUAACUCCGUAACAAUUAAAAGAUUGUGAUUGUAAUUGCAGUCAGAAAGAAAAUAGUAAAUCUAGAUUUUUAAUUCUGCUAAAAAUUCAAUUUUAUGUUAGAUGCAGAAUUACUGCACUGUUUUUUUUGGGGUUAUUAAAAUUUCAAAUUUGAUCCAAACUAGUUUAUUAUCAAGUAGUUACCAUUACAGAUACUAAUCUAUUAACUAAGAACUAGAAACGUUUCUUUCAUUCUUUCAUUUAAGGUAAAUACUACUUGUUACGUUUUAUUUUCUAUUUUUUCCCGACUACUACUACAAUUGCAGAAAUUUUACGUUUUUAAUGAGUAGAAAAUGUGCUAAUAGUUUAUUAUAUAAUUGAAAGAUUUUGGCUAUAAAUUGCAAAUUAUCAUUAAAAUAUAACGUAUCAUCCAUGAAGAACUAGAAAUAAUAAGUAGUAUUUGAAUGCAAUUUUUUCCAUAAAUUUACAAGUUAAUUACGUACUUGUUCUGAUUUGUUAUCUAGAAAAUUAGAAAAUAAUUAAUCAUUAAUACAAUAAAUAUUAGCAUAAUAUUAUAAUGUAAUUUCUUACUAAUUAUUGAUCUGGAACCUUUAGAAUUACUGAUUUAUUAUUUAGUAACAAAUACAAAAUCGGUCAAUUAAUUGAUGUGUAAAUACAACUUGUUAUCUUAAUAUUAAUAAUAUUAUAUUAUUAUUAUCUAACUGGAUAUCCAAUUAUGGAGCUACUACCUCCACAAUUGCUGAUUUAUUAAUAUAAUUGAUAUUUAGUUUAUGAAGAAAUAAAUAAUCUGUUACCAUAGUAUUACCAUAUAAAGUAAAGUGCUGCCUGAAUAGUUUGAUACGAGGUUUCUUGGGUCCUUUGGCAUGACCUUAAAUAUUACCUCACUUUGUCUUUGUAACAUGAUUAAAUUGGAUUAGAUUAGAAAAUAUUUAAGCAAUAGAACAGAUAUUACCUUAAAAUUUAGAUUUUUAACAGUGCCUAGUAUAUAAGAUAUAUAUAUAUUAUAAAAUAUGAGAUAUCUAAAAUCCCACCACUUAAAAAGGUAAUAGCUUUUUUGUGUUUUAUCACAAUCUCUCCUUAUUGGUUGAACGUCCUUCCCUCUUAAACACUGGAUAUGAACUACAAAUCAGGCAAAAUCAAGGAAAGCAGAAAGGAAAGGACCAUUCUUUCAGUGAUUCAGACAUGAAUAAAUGCAGGAGAGCAGCAGAAUAAAGCUCCGGAAAUCUCGUUUACCGUUAGAGUGGUACUGUAUGUAGAGUCGGUGACUUUGCCUUUAUUCUGGUUGUAUAAUGGCAAAAGAAAAGCUGCACAGAUUAUUUUCUUCCACUCCUGUUUACUCUUUUCAUCUUGCUGUUUAGAUUUUUUUUCUUUCUUUUUUCUACUCAACCUUCAUGAAAGUGUCUUCUGUUUCAAAAAAAAAAAAGGAACUGAUUUUGAAGACCUACCACUGAAUACCAUUGUUGGUACAUCACAUUAUAAGCGCAUGUAGAGGAGAAAAUGAAAUAAAAGAGGCAUUGACUCGG